AUGAUCAUCACCAAUGACUUCAGCAUCAUCCCCUUCACCCCAAUUUCCAUCAAGUACAUCUUAUUAGAUCAGUGUCCCAUCUAUUCCCCUCCAUUCCCCAACUGUUCCCAUCUGUUCCUUUUCUUGGAGUCACCAUCACCAUCACCAUCACCAUCACCGGUAUCAAGAGGCAGAGGCGGCAGCAGCAGCAGCAGCUGCAGCAGCGGGGGUAGUAGCAGCAGCGGGGGUAAUAGCAGCAGUAGCAUUAGAAAUAAUAAAAUAAAUUGA